UUUAUUAUUAUAAAAAAGCGCUUGUGACGAAUGUCAUAAUGUUAAAAUUGCUGCUGGUAUUAACAACAUCAACAUGUUUACUAUCAACAGUUAAUUCCGGUACACCCAUUGGAACUGGUGGUCCCUCUUUAAUAUACGAAGGCAAAGAUGCCUUAUUAACUUGUGUUGUGUCUGAGAAUCGUAGUAACAAUACUGUGAUAUGGAAAAAAUUAGAUGAAAUUCUUACCGCUGGUAAGGUGAGAGUUACCAGUGAUCUACGUAUAAGUGUUUUGCAUGAUGAAAGCCCCAAAGGUAGAAUAGAAACUGGCGGAGAAGUGUGGGUAUUGUUAAUAAAGAAACUAAAGCCCUCAGAUUCAGGCAGCUAUAUAUGCGAAUUGAAUUCUGAGCCGGUACUACGUAGUAUACAUAUAUUAACUGUUAAGCCAUUACCUUCAAAGCAUAAUAACAACAAUAAUAGUUCAUAUAGUGACAGCAGUAGUAAUAGAGAUUCAGCUGCCAGCGAAUCAAGUGAUGUAUUUUUAGUGCCUCCCCCUCUGGAUGCCAACGAUAAUCGUUCGUUUUGGCGCACUGGCUCAGUGGCACCGCAAAUAACACACGAUUUCACCGAAUGCUGUGAACGUGCCAACGUCAGCCAAGGUUGUAUGGGUUUCUGUAAUGUUCACAACAUUCUUGAUGGGACGACAGGCAUUGAGCCAGAGGCUUGUGAAAAAGAUUUUCCUCAAAUCGUACGAUGCAUGGCCGAUGGCCGCAAUCAUGUGCCCUGUUGUGUAGAAAAACAAAUACCUGACUUGUGUCAGGACAUGUGUCGCGGUGAGUACACACCAUUUACCGAUAUGCUGCGUACGCGAGUCUCCUGUGUCCAUCAUACGCUGAGUGGUCUGCAGUGUAUAUUACAGGGAGUGCAACAGAUACCCAGCAGUCCAUUAAAUGUGGCAGCUGAUGAGGUUAGCGAAACGCGUGUCAUCAUUAGUUGGUCGCCGCCUGAAAAGUUGGCCCACUUGGUCAAACAUUACAAUGUCAAUUUAACAGCUUUGCAUUCGUUCGACGAAGAUGAGGGUGAUGAGGGCGCCGAUGAUGAUGAUGGUGAUGCUGGCACCAUUAGAAAAGAAGAUGAAAAUGUUAUUAUACGCUUGGUAUCAGGAAAUGAUACGUCAAUAACCAUUAAUGACUUGAAACCAUUAACAAUGUAUGCCAUUCUAGUUACGGCAGUAAAUGACUAUGGCAGCAGUUUACCAAGUGAACGUUUGCGUAUUUUUACACAUACCAGUGCCUUGGCUACAGAGGAGAAAUCGGGUCCCUCUAAUAAAAUGGAUGUACCAGAUCUUCCCGAUAUACGUUCGUGUUGUGAAACGAAUGGUAUGACUCAUCGCAUGUGUUUGGAUAAAAUGUGUGAUCCUCAGAAGACAGAUCUAGCGACACUGCCUGAUUUUAUGGUAUGUGCGCCCUGGUCUAAUAUCACCUUUAAUUGUUUGGCCAAUAAUAUAGAUCAUACGCCCUGUUGUCGAGCCAGAGGUAUACCCACCGUGUGUUAUCCUUUGUGUUCGGGCAAAGUCUCGACGUUGGAUUUUAAUUUGUUUAAAUGCUUACGCUUUAUGUCAGAAUUUAGCAGUUGCUUGUUCCAGGGUUAUGUUUUGGCGGAUCCUCCUAGCAAGUUGCAUACAGUGGCUAAAACUGAUUCAUUUGUGAUUUUAGAUUGGAAUAAACCUAAAAGACUGGCUGAUACUAUAAGCACGUUCCAUGUCAAAUUCCGCCGAUUAGGAGGGGGUGAUGAUUAUUUGACAGUGGAAAAGAAAAAUCCACCACUUAUAUUGGAAGGCUUAGAGCCAGAUGUCUACUAUGAGUUUUAUGUGGUUUCGAUAAAUGCAUACGGUAAAAGUGAACCCUCACCACGUCUCAUAAUACGCACCCAGCCCUUGGAGGUGGAAGAUGUGUACGAAGCGAAAUAUAACAUGAGUACAUGCUGCCAAGCAUCCGGACUGUUGCCACAAUGUGCACCAUUGUGUACUUACAACAUACGUUUAUCGGACAUUGAAAAACUAGGACCAGCGUGUCGGGCACAAAUGUCUGUAAUUGCCCGAUGUGCUGCCGGCGGCCGAGACCACACACCCUGUUGUGUUCGUAGAGGUGUUACUUCGGCCUGUAUGUCUCUGUGUCGUGGUGUCCUGCCUGUACAUCAUACCACCUCAUUAUCUACUGGCACCACCUCUAACUCAACCACCGAUUGUUUAUCGUAUGCCGGCAAUAUUUUACAAUGUUUCGAAGAAGGUACUGGUAGCAUACCCGGUCCUGCAGAAGAUCUCCAUGCCACCUUGGUUACAAACAAUUCAAUAAGUUUAGUUUGGUCACAACCAGAUAUCGAGGGCAGUAAUAAUUUAACCGAAACACCAAUAACAUCGACAACAACAACUGAAAUGUCGACAGCAACAGUUGAUAAAACAACAACAAUAUCAUCAUUAUCAACUUCUGGACAAGCCGCAACAAAUGCUGAUAUUGAUUUUAUUGUACAAUAUGGUAAAGUCAAUAACAUGACCAUGUAUGAGACUGUAGCCAAGUUGGAGAAUGAAUUAAUAACAAAUGAAACAUCGAUUGAUUUGAUAAAUUUGGAGCCACAUGCCUUGUAUCGCAUCAUGGUAUUGACACGCGGUAAAUUUGGCACAUCAUUGCCAUCAUCCAUGUUGUUGAUCAAUACAACUGAAAUUAACAACAGCAGCAACGGCAAUAGUGAUGGAAAUACUGAAAAAGUUGAUCAACAACAGCCAAAACAUAUUUAUGGUGCUCCCUCACCGCCACAUUCAUUGGCUAUUAUUGCUCACAGUGCCACUUGGAUGCAAUUGACAUGGCAACCACCAGAAUAUUCACAUCCCCAUGAGAAAAUUACCUACAGAGUCUAUCACAAGCCCAUGAAAUCCGAUAAAUUCAAUAAAAUCGAAACUAAGGUAGCAUGGUUGCGUAUGAACAAUUUGAAGCCCAGUUCCCAGCAUAUACUCUAUGUUGAAGCAGUGGGUGAAAAGGCCACCUCCUUACCCUCGGAAACUUUAGUGGCCUGGACUGAUCCAGCUCUACCAGCAUUUGUGGAUCCACCCACUGUGCAUCCCGCCGACAAUAUACCCGAAGGAGGUUCUAUGACUAUUUUAUGCUUGGCUUUAGGUAAUCCAGCUCCCACUAUUUCUUUAUAUGUGGGUGGUCAUUUAGUGCGUCAAGAUACCUCCAGACAUAUGGUCACCGUUAUACAUAAUGUCACCGCAGAUAUGGAACAUGUUUCCUGUUAUGCUGACAAUGGUUAUGGUGUACCCAUGCAGGCCACCAGAAGAGUUAAUAUAUGCUAUCCUCCCAAAAUCCAGGCGGCCGGCAUUACUGUAGCCGCAGUAGGUGAUGAGGUUGAACUGCGCUGUAUGGUAGAUUCUAAACCUGCCCCCAAGACAAUAUUCUGGCGUGAUCAUGAUGGCCGUAUACCGGUCAUACAAGGUGGUAAUUAUGAUAUAGCCAUGCGUACCAAUGAAUCUCGUCCCACUUUCUAUACCAUGGCUUUACGUAUCAAUAAACUGCAAGCCUCCGAUGUAGGAGACUAUUUCUGUCAUGCCGAGAACCCCUUCGGUUCAGCCACUAUACCCGUUUCGGUGCGUAUACGCAACACACCUGCCCUCAAUCAUAACGUAACCCAAUGUUGUGCCGAUAUGAAUGUCACAAUGGCCUGUCGCAGUGCCUGUAGUUAUUAUGUGGAUAUAGAUGCCAUAGCCGAUAAACCGGAAUGUAUAACAGAAUUUGAUAAACUUAUGAAAUGUGCUGCAGAUGGUUCAGAUCAUCGAACUUGCUGUGCGGACUCGCAUGUACCGCGCAAAUGUUUGAAUUGGUGUCGAGGAGAGGCUGUACGUUCGAAAGAGAUUUGUAGUUUACAAUAUGCUAGAACUAUAGUGGGUUGUUUCGAGUCAUAUCGUGAUCGUUUGCCGGGACCACCGGAAAAUAUAGCUGUUAGCGUGAUAUCGGAUAGUGAGGUAGUGAUAAGAUGGGAUCCACCCACCAAAAAUCCCAAUGUUGUAGAUGGUUAUCGAAUAUUUUACCAUGAAGCUGCCAUAAUCGGCAACGAAAUAGCACAAAGUGAAACAAUGACUGGCGGUGCUUUAGCAGCAGGAGGUCCUUUAGAAGCCUCCUCAGCAGCACCCUCCAACAUUAUGCUUAACAAUAACAAUAAUGCAACAAGCAUGCAAAUGGCUGGUAACAACAAUACCACAACGGGCAUAAGCAGCAGUGAGGUAAGACGCAUUGAUGUCAAGGAAACCAGUGUAAAUAUAGAUGGUCUCAAAAAGGAUGUCUUAUAUGAGUUGGUUGUUAAAGCUGGCAAUUCGUAUGGUGCCAGUGUUUUAACUGAACCGAUAAAAUUCACACUUGGCGAACAUCAUGUUACAUCGGCGACAACAACGUAUUCACAUGCGGUGGGUACGAUAAGCGGUAUUGUUGCAAGUAUUUUAGCUGUUUUACUAGCAGCUGCCGCCAUUAUAUUCUAUAGACGCCAUAGAGCAAAUGGUAAGGCAGCCACAGGGGUGGCAUUUGAAAAUCCCACAUAUACAAGAGGUUUAGAACAAGUGCAGUUACCUACUGUGACAUCUGCCUUAACGCAUACAACCAAUAUGAAUGGUGGAAAUUUCACAACAAGAACGCCUGCCUCAACACAUGCCACAACGACAGUGUCUUCAGCGGCUCUGCCAGCCACAACGACAUUAAGACCCUCUAUGACAUCAAAAGUGGGGAACAAUUCAACAACGACAACAGCAUCAGCACAAUACCAACCUAAAGGAACAACAGUUAAAACCUCAAACCUGGAUGGCAUCGAUGCUCAUACACAAUGCAACGAAAUAAAUCCCACAAUUUAUGAAGAGCUCAAACUUGGCCAAGAAGAAGCCUUGCGAGUUAAAGUACAAUGGGCCUACGAAUUUUAAUUGCUCGAGAAGUCUAUCGCACCAUACAAGAACAGUCUCAAGUCAACGAGGACAUGGAGGAGACGGACGUAGUCCAGCAAUUAUUUAUUUAGAUGAGUAAUUGGCACGACAUAUUGUUGUACUUAAAGAAGGGCUAACGCAAAAGUUUUUGUAAUUUUAAAAAUAAGCAACAAUUGUUAGAAAUAAAGUUAACCUACAUUUGGGAAUGUUUUGGAUGCAAAAGGUCAACUGGUUGAUGGUGAGGACUUCAACACAUUUGUAAACACGUCAAUAACUGGUAACCAAAAAAAUUACAAGCAGCAGUGCAGUUUAUUAAAUUGAGAAAAAAAACUUCUUAAAAAUGUUAGAAAUUAAUUUAACAUGUUCUAAGCUGCGUGUUAUUUGGCAAUUAAAUCUAUUAAUGUUUUAAAUAAAAAAGCACACAUUAUAUUUUUUGGUUUUUGUAAAUGUUUAAGUUGUAACAAAGAUUUUUUUUAUAAAAUAUUUAGAAAACUCAAGAAAAAAACCAAACCUAGGAAAGUUUUUGAACUAAUACAAAACUUUUUCUUAGAGUUGUGGGUAUUUUUUCUGCAAGUAUUUAUUAUUUACUGUAAGUAUUUAUUUUUAUUACUUUUUAUUUGAUUUUUUUUUUUUUUUUUGAG